UUCUAGCCACCUGCUUUACCGACUUAUACUUUUACCUCUGCCCCCUGAUUCGAUCGAUUCCACCCAGUCCCACCGCCUUCCCUCCGAUUUCUUCACAUCUCUGAUCUGAGUUCAUCGUCCUUCAACACAAAGAUGGCGAGAGGUUCUUCGCAGUCCCAAUCAUCCACCUCAACCGGCGGCGCCGCCCGUCCCGCCGUCACAGCCCCUCGGGGCUCCGCUGCCGCCACCGCCGGGAUGCGCCGACGCCGGCUCGGAGGUCCUUCGUCCACUGCUUCUUCUGCCUCGGAAGGAGGCGUCGGAAGUUCCGGCGGGAACAUGCUCCGAUUCUACACAGACGAUGCUCCCGGGAUCAAGAUCUCCCCCACCGUCGUCCUCGUCCUCAGCCUCUGCUUCAUCGGCUGCGUCACCGCCCUCCACGUCUUCGGCAAGCUCUACCGCAGCAAGCUCGUUCCGCCGGGAGCCCAAUAAGAAGUUACUUCCCCGCCGAUAGCUUACUCUGUUGACUUUGUAAGUUCGAAUCUGUUGUGUGUUAGUGGGUUUUUUUCUCUCGGUUUGUUUUGUUUUCCCCCCUUUUUGUUGCCGAAUCGGAGACAUUAGGGUUUUUUUACGGCGGUUCGAUCGAUCGGUUGAAUUUCCGAACAAUCGCUUGUACAAAGUUUUGGAUUUUGUGAAUGAUUGAGACCCUUUAAUCACUCGUGUUAAUUACUUAAUUACUGUGAUGAUGUGAACUGUGGAGAGAUUUGGAGUUGACUCUUUCGGGCCGGCGUGGAUGUCGAAUGGUCCUUGGCUUGCUUGUACAUGUUGAAACCACCAGAAGCAGAUUAAUACGAUACGGAAUUGAAAGGCACACGAGUUUACGUAGUAUCCCUGAACGUGAUCCAGGACUAAUCCACGGAAGAGUUUAGAACGCUCUUCAUGCUGCUGUUUUACGAUGAUGAAUGAAUGAUUUUAAGAUAC